GUAACAUUUAAUAUGUACACCGUAUAUACCUUGAUAUGCAAUAUGGAUAUAGUAGAUAAUUGCUUUAACUAGUACAUACCUACAUAUGCAAAUAGUGAAUUGUACCCAAGGACUUGGUUUAGUUACGACAUCUGACAGAAGGCAAAGCCAACCAUUUCAACUCACAUACUGCGAACCGUGCCUCCCGGUCGCAUAUGAGCAUUUGAUCCAAAGUCAUGAUGGCAAAAAAGUCUACGUCUCUUCGAUAGAGAGGCAGUUUUCAUGGUUGAACAUGAUCACUAAUAAUAUUUAUUCAACCUUGCCUUAAAUCGUGUAGAUUUCCUAGGCGGUUGGUAGCAUCGCUAAGCUAGCCUAGCUUAUAUCACAAUGGCGUCUACAUGGCUAUUCCAGCACAUCAUUGAAACCCCUACCCGCGACCUUGUAAUCUUCAGUCUCGGAGCAAUAACAUUGUAUGCAUCGUUCCGUUACAUCUACAAUGUGUAUUUCCACCCCGCGGCUAGGUUUCCAGGCCCGAAACUUGCGGCCUUCUCGAACCUGUGGUAUGCUUACCACUGGUCUACCGGGAAAUACCCCUUUGCAGUUGCAGAAGCAUUGAAGAAAUAUGGGGACGUUGUUCGUGUAGCUCCUAAUGAGCUUGCUUUCAUCACGCCCGAGGCUUUCAAUGAUAUAUACGACUCUCAUACAAGCGGGAUAGAACAUUUCCCCAAGACGAACUUCAUGGACCUUGGUCUGGGUGAUAAUGGGCUCUCGUGGGAGAUGGAUCCAGUAAAACAUCACACAGACGCCAAGAAGGUGGCGCCCGCGUUCAGCAUCAAGUCGUUAAAGGCCAAGGAAUCGACGAUGCACAAGUAUACUGACGCGUUUGUUCAGAGGAUGAGGGAACUUGGAAGUAAUGAUGCAGGUAUAGAGCUCAAGACUUGGACAGACUGGGUAGCCAUGGACGCUUCGGCCGAUUUGGCAUACAGUCGAGAGUUGAAUCACUUACGAAAUAUGAAAAGCACGCAUUUCCUUGACCAAAUGUGGAUUGUGAACUUUUUCGUCACCACAAACCAGAUCUUCAAGAAGUUCCCUCUUCUAAGUCCGAUAAAGUUUCUCUUCGUCCCACCUGCUAUAAUCGCAAGCUAUCACGAAGUCCAGAGUAUGAACGAGAAAGCAUUAAAUUCGCGGAUAGAGCGUCGUGGCAAUACGGAACACUUGGAUCAUUUUGAACAACUACUCCCAGCCGACGCGCCUGUCCCAACAAAGAAGGAAAAGAAACAUAUUGAGGUCAUCACUGGACAUCUGGUUAUUGCCGGAUACGAGCCGAUUGCGAGUCAGAUAUUUGGCACAAUUAUGUUCUCGUUGCUACAGCCUGAAAGCUUGAAGUUGUUAGUCGAGGAAAUUAGAGGUGCAUUUAAGAGCUACGACGAUAUCCACGCGGAUGCGCUAGCACCUCUCAAGUAUCUCCAUGCCUCUUUGAUGGAAACGCUGCGGAUAACCGUACUUUCGAGUAAUGGCCAACCGCGCUUGUGUCCCGGGGCUAAGAUUGAUGGGAACUACGUUGCUAAGGGGGUCGAGGUCCAAUACGCUGUUCUAGCUUUCACUCGGAACCCACGCUACUUCCACGAUCCGAAUAGCUACCGGCCACAACGUUGGUUACCAGAAGAUCACCCACACUGGGAUCCCGCAUUCAAAAACGAUGCUAGAGAUGGGUACCACCCGUUUAGCUUGGGGCCAAGAUCAUGCCCUGGCAUGCCCUUAGCGUGGCGACAGACGAGAAUAUUCAUCGCUAAGGUGCUUUGGGCUUUUGACGUCGAGAUGUUGCCGAACCAAAAUAUUAUUUUCGAGAAAGACUUCAGAAUGUUUGGGAUGUGGGAAAAGCCUAGUUUCUGGGUUCGAUUUCAUCCCGUUCAAAGGGACCAGUGACAGGCGUCAACAUGUAGGCCUCGGUACAUAUCGAGGUAAUCCUUAGUUCUCGGUUAGUACAUAAAAAGAAGUACUUGUUAUACGUAUAACUGAAUACCGAUCAUCACUGCCAUCGUCUGUGCCUCAUUUGGUUUCGCUGUAAUAGUUAUCCCCACUGUGCCCCCGAUCUGUUCCCUGUACA